UAGUAGUAUUAGGAAAUAUAUAUUAAUAAAAUCAAAAUGAUUGAGAUGUUCACUGUUCGCAUUCAACCCUAUAUGUCAAACAUUGAGCCCUACAGUUCAUCACUCAUAUGGAUAGUGGUAUUAGCCUUCAUAGUAGCCUUUUUCCUGGCAUUUGGUGUCGGAGCCAAUGAUGUGGCCAACUCUUUCGGUACUUCAGUCGGUUCUAAAGUCUUAACAUUACGUCAGGCAUGCAUUUUGGCCACAAUUUUCGAGAUCGCCGGUGCUCUGACAUUAGGAUAUAAAGUGUCCAGUACUAUUAGGACCGGUAUGAUUGAUAUUCAUGAAUAUCAAUACGAGGAAAAACUUUUGAUGUUAGGCUAUUUGGCAGCACUUAUAGGUGGUGCCGUAUGGAACCUAUUGGCCACAUUUAUUGGUCUACCCAUUUCGGGAACUCAUAGUAUUGUUGGUGCUAUUGUUGGUUUCUCAAUUGUGGUCAAAAAUUUUGAUAGUGUUCAAUGGGUUGAAAUCGCUAAAAUUGUCGGCUCCUGGUUUAUUAGUCCUGUCCUCUCGGGAAUUGUUUCCGUUUUAUUAUUCAUAGUUCUCCGAAAGUUUAUUAUUGAAAAAGAAAAACCUUUGGAACCGGGACUCAAAUCACUGCCUUUAAUCUAUGCAUUUGUUGUAUUAAUUAAUAUAUUUUCUAUCAUACAUGACGACCCUUUUUUUCAAACCGUUUGGUGGAAAGCCCUUUGUAUAGCCAUUAGUUGUGCCAUUAUUGUUGGCUUAGUUGUGUGGUUUGUUGUAGUGCCCCGACAGAGAAAAGCUAUUAUUACCAAAUUAGAGACUUCAUCACCAAAUUUAAUUAGAAAAAAUUUACCAAAAACUGAUGCAAACGAUAAUUUAGAAGAUAAAAAGGUAGUGAAUGUGACCAAUGGUGACAUCGAAAACAAAGACAAAAAGGAAAGUCUUGUGAUAAAUGAAACUAACGAACAAAAAGACAUUGAAAAUAGUGUUAAAGUUGUUGAUCCAAUUGAUCCAAAGGAUGAUUCUAAUGAAGACAAACCUGAAAUCUCACAUUUAUUUACAUAUUUACAAAUCUUGACGGCAUGUUUUGGUUCCUUYGCUCACGGAGGCAAUGAUGUCAGUAAUGCCAUUGGACCAUUAGUUGCAAUUAUGAUGAUUUUUGCUGAGGGAUCAUAUGAACAAAAAGAAAGUACUCCGUGGUAUAUAUUACUUUACGGAGGUAUUGGAAUAAGUAUUGGAUUAUGGGUUUGGGGUCGAAAAGUGAUCAAAACAAUGGGUAAUGAUUUAACUAAAAUAACCCCUUCCAGUGGUUUUACAAUUGAGAUCGGAGCGGCCGCUACCGUAUUGGUUGCAUCAAAGAUUGGUCUUCCCAUAAGUACUACUCAUUGUAAAGUUGGAUCAGUUGUUAUGGUUGGACGACUCCGAAGUAAAGAAGGUGUCAAUUGGAGAUUGUUUAGAAACAUAGCCAUCGCUUGGAUAUUAACUGUUCCAUUGACUGCCUUAUGUUCAGGUGCUGUCAUGGCAUUACUACAAUUGGCUGUUUAGAGGAUUAUAAUAUAUUUGUCAAACUAUUUCUAACAAUUAGUUCUAACAAUUCGUAACUAAUUUAUUAAUUUUCAUUAACAAUUCAUUAAAAUUUGUAAAUUAUCAGUUAAAUCAU